UGUGCUACUACUUCCGAUAUUCGCGCAAUUUCUAAUGAAGUGUCUUCAGUUUCAGCAUUGGACCCCAACCCGUACAUCUCUGUUCUACUUAUAAAUUACUCAGUCUCAAGAUGUUUGGUGUGAUUGUUGCUGGACGAUUUGUCCAAACAAACUGUGAACAGGUAACCGAAAACCAGUUUCUGUUUAAUAUUUUGGAGUCCGAAAACAUCAACCACAUAGUAGUUUUCCUUACAGGACAAAUUCCUUUCCCUGAUGGUUAUGGUGGAGCUGUAUACUUUUCUUGGCCCAGUCUUACUGGACCCAGCUGGAUUCUCCUUGGUCACAUCACUAAUAUUAAACCAAGUGCCAUCUUUAAAGUAUCUAAAUUAAAAUCAACGGAAGCAUCUCUAAAUCCAUUUGGAGUUAUGGCGAGUCAACCAGUAAAUGUAUCACAAAUUGGAAUAUCUGUUGAACCACUUCAAGACUUAUCUCAGCAGACACCUGCAACAUCUGCAGCAGUGUCAAACCUUGAACCAUUUAUGGAUUUCUCAAAGAAAAUGGUUGAAAAUCUGUUCAAUUUUGCUUCGUCAUUUGCUUCUAAAACUCCUAUGAAUCCAUCCGAAUCAUAUAUUCCAUUUAGUACUCUUGAAAAGUGGUACAAUAACUUUCUUCGAAAGAUGGAGCAAGAUCCCUAUUUCUGGCGAUCGUAGUAUUGUAUCUCCUAGCAAUUAUAAAUUAAUUUAACUUUUUAUAUUAUUGCUACUGAGUUCAUUUUAUUAUCUCUUCCCCACCCCCAUUAUGGCUGCAAAAUGUUUUGACAAGAAUAAUGCAAGAAAAUUCAAGCUUCCUUAAAUUUAAUUUUAAUCUGUUGAGCUUUAAAGCUUAAUACAUUUGAAAGGUCAUUAGUAAAUAAGUUACUAAAACAAGGAAACAAAUAAAAAUAGGUGUUUAUUCAGUUGCAAGCUUUGCUUUUGUAUGGGACAUCAUUUUCUUACAUGUUUAUUUUUUUCUAAAGACCAGUCUACUCUUAACAGACUUAACUACCAUUUCAUCUAUUUCUUUAAUGACACCAGUUUCACACAAAUUAGUCAUUUUUUUGUUUUUUUUUGUUUUUUACUCAUGUCACAUUACUUUCUUAAGAAUAACUUAAAGUCUAUAAAUGUCUCACCCAAUACUUUUUCUGUUAAGAAAAUCCAAUUGUGAUUGAAAUCAAUAGUACACAUUAAUACUGGGAGAUAAAUUUUUGUAUGACUUUUGACAUACUGCAUUUUAAAAGGCUCCUUGAAACUAUAUUUUAUAAAGUUUGAUCCUAUUCAUCUAAUAAACAGAAAUUUUUACACCAUGUUAA